UUCCAUGGCUUAAUGGACAAGGCGCGGCUCGACCAGGUCCAAUCGAAGAAGAAGCAGAAGCUAUCGGCGAAAUCGGUCUCUCCGGUCGCGAGGAGGGCGAGUUUGGACGACUCGUCGCCGCACAGGAAAUGCAGCCUGGACGGGUUCAUUGUGAGUAACAAGAGUCCAGUGUCAGUGGCCGAGGCUACUCGGGAGAAGCGCAGCGUCGUGGAGGCGAAUUCUUCCGUGAGGACGAGUCUUUGCAACCGGAUUGAGGAUCGCAUCGCUCUUAAGAGGUGUUCUACGUCGAUUCACGGGCAGGAAAACGAGGAACAGCGGGAGAAGAAGAUUAAGCAAGAGGAAAAUCACAAGCCCGACAAUCAGCCAGAAGAUAAGCUCACUGCUUUCAGUGCAUUGUUGGAGGGACAGGAAAGCAAACGAGAAGAAAUAGCGAACGAGUUCCUGGCGAUCUGUCUCCAUGGUGUUUCCCCGACAAAAAAGGUAGCAGCUACCUCUAGAGAUGUUUUGCAAGAGAAGAGCGAGAAGAUGGACGUCUCUCCAAAGCAAAGCUUUGAGAAGCGACCUGGCGAUUCCUCUCAGUGCAACGAAGUGGAACGAGCGGCUGAAAUGGUUGAAAUGGCUGACAGACAAUUACCGGCCUUUCAGCACAGUGCGAAGAAGCCACCAUGCACUCCUCAUGCAAGUGCUGGAAAUGGUGGCGAGCCCAAGCUGACUCCGAACUGGCUACUCGACAACAAGUAUGUAUCACCAGGAGAUAGCUUCUGGGACGAGGCAAUACGCGUCCUUGGGAGCAAGAAAGGUGACUGCUCGGAAGUGAAGUCGCGUAUCAACCCCGACGGUCCUAAUUUAUUGAACUCUCCGCUACCGGUCGUGUGCUUCGACUUUGCGAGUCAUGACAACGUUGGCAAAGAAGCUGCUGCAGCUCCCACUGAAGAAGGAAAGGCAAUCGUGAACGAUCCAUCGUCCUCAGUCUCCGGUGAGAAGUUAUCCGAUUGGCUUCCGGCUGAAUUAUGUGAAGGAUACUUUCGGAAGGGGGUUAGAAGACUGUAUCAAUGGCAGGUUGAUUGUCUACGCCUUGAUGGAGUUUUGGAUGGUAAAAGUCUUGUUUACUGUGCCUCGACAAGUGCAGGAAAGAGUCUUGUUGCAGAAAUCUUGAUGUUAAAAAGAGUGCUGGCGACAGGGAAAAUGGCAAUGCUGGUUUUACCAUAUGUCGCGUUGUGUUCUGAGAAGACAGAGCAUUUAGAGGCGGUACUGGAACAUGUUGGCAAGCGUGUCCGUGGAUAUUUUGGGACUCACGGGAGUAAAACGCUACCUCCAGAUACUUCACUUGCGGUUUGUACCAUCGAAAAAGCGAACUCACUCAUCAAUAAGUUGGUAGAGGAUGGGCGGCUGUCCGAACUAGCAGUUGUAGUUAUAGAUGAGCUUCAUAUGGUUGGAGAUAAAGAAAGAGGUUAUUUGCUAGAACUGUUGUUGACCAAGCUACGAUAUGCGGUCGGUAAAGGUGACUGUGAAAACAGCAGCCCCGACGGCCCAACGAGCUUACAAAUUAUAGGAAUGAGUGCAACGAUGCCUAAUGUAGCAGCCGUUGCAUCAUGGCUUCAGGCUGCAUUUUAUGAGACUAACUUUCGCCCGGUUCCUUUAGACGAACACAUUAAAGUCGGGAACACCAUUUACGAUACUAGUAUGAAUACUGUUCGUGCUCUAAAAGUAGGCUCUGAACUUGGCGGCAAGGAUCCAGAUCACAUCGUCCAUCUGUGCCAUGAGGUGGUUAAUAAAGGCCAUUCUGUGCUUUUGUUUUGUUCAAGUCGUCAUGCCUGCGAAACUACUGCCCGUCAUGUUGCAAAAUAUUUGCCAAAGUUUUCAGUGUCUUCUCAAGGGAAUGCAGCAACCUACAGAGAUGGAUCCGAAGCAGCUGAAACAUUGCGUAAGUGCCCCGCGGGUUUGGACCCUGUGCUGGGAGAUACCCUGCCGGCUGGUGUCGCCUACCAUCACGCGGGUCUCACGGCCGAGGAAAGAGAAGUUGUAGAAACUUGCUACAGACAAGGAAUCGUUCGUGUAUUAACAGCGACCUCGACACUUGCUGCUGGUGUGAAUCUUCCAGCUCGAAGAGUAAUCUUUCGGACUCCCAAAAUUGGGCGGGACUUUUUGGAUGGGACGAGAUACAGGCAAAUGGCUGGGAGAGCAGGAAGAGCAGGGAUAGACACGCAUGGCGAGAGUAUAUUAAUCUGUAAAAGUGAGGAGCUCAGUAGGAUUCUUCCCAUUCUGAAAGAAGGUUGUCAACCGUUGCAGUCAUGUCUCGCCGAGGAAAAGAAUGGAAUGAUGAGAGCUCUUUUGGAGGUGGUGGCUGGUGGCAUCGUCCAAAGCGCACAGGAUGUCAACCGCUAUGUGCGCUGUACCCUUCUCAACUCUACACAACCUUUUGAUGACGUCGUGAAGUCUGCUCAAGAUUCUUUGAGAUGGCUGUGCCACAAGCGACUGAUAGAGUGGGAUCAGGAGUUACAGAUCUACAAAAUAACUCCAUUAGGAAAAGCAGCGUUUGGCAGUUCGCUCAGCCCGGAGGAAUGCUUGGUUGUCUUUGAGGAUCUUGCUAAAGCCCGUGAAAGUUUUGUUUUAGCGUCAGAGUUGCACCUUGUUUACGAGGUUACUCCUAUUCACGUGGAGCUUGAACCGGACUGGGGAGUUUACUAUCAAAGAUUUGUCGAAUUGUCCCAUGUCGAUCAGGCAGUUGCUAGCAGAGUUGGGGUGACCGAGGCAUCCCUGAUGCGCAUGGCUCAUGGAGCACCGAUGCAGGGCCGUAAAAGGAGUAUAAAAGGUAGUGAGAAGGCUAGCGAGGCGGAUCAAAACUUGCGUGUGUACAGACGCUUUUUUGUGGCUCUUAUAUUGUCCAAGCUUGUUCAGGAAGUGCCGUUAAUGGACGUCUGCAGUACGUUCAAGGUGCCGAGGGGCACCGUGCAAGCUCUUCAGGAUAGUUCUGGCCGAUUUGCUGCUAUGAUCUCUACGUUUUGUGAAAGACUUGGAUGGCAUGACUUGGAAGGAUUAAUAUCGAAGUUUCAGAAUCGCGUCUCUUUCGGCGUGAGAGCGGAGAUUGUGGGGCUCACAGAAAUUCCCUUCGUGAAGGCUGCACGAGCUAGAGCUUUAUACAAAGCGGGCUUACGAACAGUUGAAGCUGUAGCUGAGGCUACAAUUCCUGAACUUGCAAACGCGCUGUCCGAUUCUUCAUUCAAAGGACAUGCAGAUGCUGGUAAGCAGCAGUGGAUGUAUGCUGCAGCGGCAAAGAAAAUAAAAAACGGAGCAAGGAGAAUUGUCCUGGAUCGAGCAGAAGAGGCGCGAAUAGCUGCUUUCUCGGCCUUUCAAGCUCUUGGAGCAACGAUUCCGCAUUCGCUGUCGCAGUCUUUAUAUGCUAGAGUUCAGAGGCCUGAGGCUGAGACGGACGAGAUGGCCAUAUCUCCAAGGCAAGGCGAGGGCAAGGCCGACGUUCAUAGCACUGACAAGGAAAACCGACCAGUAAAUAUGCAAGAAAAUGGUAACCAUGGCUCCAAUGCGUUUGGAGGCAGCCUCAUCAAACAAGAUAUCAACGCUCAGCCCGUUCAACAGAUUCAAAAGUGUGAAGUCUUAGACAACGGGCCUGUAGACUUCGAGAAACUGGAACCUACUGCACGUGAAGCCUUUUUCCAGGCUUGGCAAGGGUCUCAGGAUUUCUUCUUCGAUCUACAUUUUGAGGACCAACGAGGUGCAUUCUCCAAAAUAUUUGGAUUUGCUGUCUGCUGGCAAGAGUCUCCAGUAUAUUACGUUCGGGUCGUCGAAGAAAGUUGGAGGAGGAUUUCAAGAGUUUUCUCUCGAAAGGGAGUGCACAAGUUUUGUUGGGACUUGAAAAGACAGAUGAAGGCCCUCGAUACUCCAGCUUUUUCUCAAGAACGAGGUGAAAUACAAUUCUUCCAGCAGGCUGGAAGCAAACUAAAUCCUCUGAGUCCACUGCUAAUGGAGGCGCCGUAUAUUGACUUCCGGAUAGCUGCUUGGUUACUAUGGCCAGAUGAAGAAAACAAUCCAUCCUCGACACUAGAACAGCUAGUGAAAAGGCGUCUGCCUGGUGAAGUAGCUGCCGCUGCAAGCCGAGCAGGAAGAUGGACCAACCAGAUGAAAAACGAAGCACACAAUGGCUGUUGUCGUCGUGCCGCUCAAAUCCGCGGUCUGCAUUCCGUGCUGUAUAAAUUAUUGCUAUCCGAAGCUCUCCAUGACCCACUCAUGCAGCUGGAGAUGCCGAUGGUGAGAGUGCUGUCGGACAUGGAAAAGUGUCCCAUUGGUGUGAAUAUGAAGUCCUGCUUUACCGCUCGCCAUCUUCUCGAGACAAAACUCAAAGAGCUCGAGUCGAAGGCACAAAUCAUGGCAGGAAUGAACUUCUCGCUUUCGUUGCCGGCAGACGUUGCGGACCUUCUCUACAGGCACUUGAAGCUACCUGUGCCUCCUGGCUGUGCAAAGGGAAAACAACAUCCUAGUACGGAUAAGCAAGCCCUUGAUCAACUGAGGGAUCGACAUCCGGUCGUCAGCUUAAUCAAAGAACAUCGGAGUCUUUCAAAGCUCUUGCACACUACGAUUGGAGCUGUAAUUUCCACUGCUGACAAGUCUUUGAAGGAUGCAGACAAUGUCAUUCAGUAUAUAAACGGACAGUGGCUUCAUACCUCCACAGGUACUGGCAGACUGUCUAUGGAAGAUCCCAACCUUCAGUGCGUGGAGCAUUCCAUAACUUUUUUGCUUGAGGAGCAUUCUACUGGGAAACCGAGAGAAGUCGAAGUCAAUGCUCGACAGUUUUUUGUUCCUACGCAGAAAGGCUGGGUUUUCCUAUCAGCUGACUAUUCUCAGAUCGAGCUACGAUUAAUGGCACACUUCUCUGGGGAUGAAGCUCUGCUUUCGCUGCUUCGGAGGCCAACUGGGGAUCUCUUUCGAAUGAUGACGGCGAAAUGGACCAGCCAGCCUGAAACCUCUGUGACGGAUAAACAGCGAGAGAGAACGAAACGGAUGGUGUAUGGAAUCCUGUAUGGGAUGGGCAUCAAUAGCUUGGCUGAAAAGAUGGAAUGCACCGUUGGGGAGGCUAGCAGAUAUCACGAACAAUUCAAGGUAGCGUUUCCUGGAGUCAAUGCUUGGCUCCAACAAGCAGUCGAUGGCUGUCGUCGCAACGGAUACGUAAAAACGCUUGCAGGUAGGAAACGGUAUCUAGAGAAAAUCAAUGAUUCCAAACGGGGUGACCAGGCCAAAGCUGAAAGACAAGCAGUGAACUCCAUUUGCCAGGGAUCGGCAGCAGACCUUAUAAAAAUGGCAAUGAUCGAUUUGCACACCGCUUUAGUUGGAAAGAACGAUAAGACUUUGGCAUACACAGACCCGCAGGGAAACUCAAGAGCAAUUCAUUUCUCUAUGCUCCACAAUCGAUGUAGAUUACUACUUCAGAUCCAUGACGAGCUUUUGCUGGAAGUGGAGGAGGCCAUAGCCACGGAUGCUGCUGCUAUUGUCAAAGCGUGCAUGGAAGGGGCAACAAGUUUAACAGUACCACUUACUGUGAAAGUGCAGUCUGGUCCCUCUUGGGGAGAAUUAAGCCCACUUUCAAUAUAAAAUGUUUUGAUAAACUGAUAAAUUAUUUUGAUGACAUGGCGCAUUUUGUUUUC